CCAAAUAAAUCUUACCUUAAAUUGGAAUGGGUCUUAAUAUGAGCCGUCAAGGUACCUGUCCUAUUAAAGCUCUUCCCACAAUAAGGACACUGGUACCUAUGAAACUUCAUAAAAUGGUUCAAAAAAGUAUCUGGAUUGUAAAGUAUACCAUCCACGCAAACAUUACAUUGAAAAGACUCAUCAUGCAAAGACAUGUGGGGUAAGAGGCCAUUUUCAAAAGAAGCAAAAUACAUGGAGGGACAUACAGGACAAGAAAAUCGUAUUUUUAUUUUUCGCCGUAAGACGGUUUGAGGCUUGUGAUUUGAAUCACCUUCAAGAGGUACUUCUGCUUUAAUAACCUUGACUGUAACAUUAUGUUGAAAAUUUUCUAUACUAGUUGAAGCACCAUUUUCGUCUAAACUAUUUAGAAAUUCGCCCAGAUUUUCCACUUCUACUUCCUGAUAUUCAUAUUCCUCCUCAUCACCUUCUUGUUCAACCAACUCUUGUUCAACUAACUCUUGUUCAACUAAUUCCUGUUCUUGAUCCUCCUCCAACAGUUCAUAUUCAACCUGUUCUUCCAAUUGAGCAUCCUCCAUCUCCUGUUUCUCACAUAUUUCUUGAGAUCCUCCUGGAGCUAUCUCUUUUUUUUCUUCCAAGUGUUCACGUUUUAAAUUAAUAGCGUCAUUAGGUGAAAUCAGUAUUUCUCUUUCUUGUAACAAUUUUUCAUGAUUCUCUUUAAAUUGGACAAUAAAAUUAUAGGCUAUUCUUAAUGUUUUAAAACAUGGUACACAGAUGCCAUCCGGCAAAUCUUCACUUAAUUCUAGCUAAAAUUGAAACAAUACAUUCUUAAUUUUUAAUUAUUAAAAAAGUUAAAUAUUUACUUCUAUCGAAGUACAGUACUUUAUCAUAGUGUUGAUUUCUUCAUCACAAUUUAAAAUUGUUCCAUUUAUAGGGUACAGUUUUGGGACCUCGUCUAAACAUAUCCGACACCUAUUGUUCAUUUUAGUUUAAUUAAAACAAUUAAAAACUGAAAAAAUAUGCAAGAAAAGCUAAUAAUUCAAAUUUAAACAAAAUACUUCGUUAGUUGAAAAUAUUUAUGACAAACUUGGGUGACAAGCAACGAACAACCGAAUCAUGGCAACGAAUCAAAUAAACGAAGCAACUUUGAUAUUUGACAGUUUUGACGUUUAUUUCUACUUAUUUUUAUACUCUUUUAUCUCUCUUCCUUAUGUGCCAAUGUGUAUAUGUCUAUAUUUGUUCAUUCUAUUUUUGUUCUUUGCUGAGCGAUGGUCUUUUUCAUUGAUGAAUUUUAUUUUUAGAACUACAUGUUUUUUUUAAAGUGAAAAAAGUGUAUUUUUUUACAAUUCUAUCUAUUUGUUUAAUGAAAUUUAAUACAUUCUAAGCACUUGAUACUUGUGACGAAAAGUUACCAAAUACUUAUAUAGUAAAGGGUCAUUGUUCUACAUGUCAGAAAUUUGACAUUGAAGUUUUAUUAAUGAAAUGACAUUGAAGUAUUUAUUUUCAUAAUUUUGAUAUGCGUCAUUAGUGAAAAUAGAGAUAUUUAUUGAUUUAAAUUUAUUCUAAAGUCUGUUUUUCGUCAAUCAAUCCAGAAUUUAGUAAAAUAUUAUUUGCUAAUCCAACUCUACCAAAAAAAUACAGCAAACAAAUUUGAAUUAAACUAUAAAUGUUGUAACAAAGAACCAUGGACGAAGAUAUUCUUACAACUUUGAAAAUAUUAAUCAUUGGUGAGAGUGGUGUAGGAAAAUCUAGUCUUCUAUUAAGAUUUACAGAGGAUAACUUCGAUCCAGAACAAACAUUAACAAUUGGUGUAGAUUUUAAAACGAAGAGAUUAAACAUUGAUGGUAGCAGAGUAAAACUAGCAAUAUGGGAUACAGCGGGACAAGAAAGAUUCAGAACAUUGACACCUUCGUAUUAUAGAGACGCACAAGGAGCAAUUUUAGUUUUCGAUGUUAGCAGUUAUGCGACAUUUUCCAAACUCGAAAUGUGGUUAAAUGAAUUGGAAACAUAUUCUACCAAAAAUGAUAUUAUUAAGAUGAUCGUAGGAAAUAAAAUAGAUGUGGAUAAGCGUGAGGUAUCUAGAGAGGAAGCAAUGAGAUUUGCCAAGAGGCAUCAUACUUUGUAUAUUGAAGCCAGUGCUAAAACUAAAGAUGGAGUUGAAUCGGCUUUUGAAGAAUUAGUACAUAAGAUAAUUCAAACUCCCAAUUUGUGGGAUUCAUAUGAAAUGAAUAAUAUUCACAUUGGCAACAAAGGUCAACCGAAUCAGUCUACAUGUGCUGGUUAUUGUAGUUUAGUCUAAUUUAGGUCAUAAAUUGUAAUCUUAGAAAUUUUAUAUAACUCAAAUUUAUUGAAUACAAAGAAAAAUCAAACACUGAAUUAAAAUGUAAAACAUCUAUUUCAAGGUAUACCUAAUUUAUAAAAAAAUAAAAUAAAUUUGCUAAUACAUUUUAAUAAAUUACCUUGUUUAGAAAUAUUGUGCAAUUUUUGUAGUUUAGGUUAUUUUUAUAUAAAAUAUUCUAUAAAUAAAUGUAAAUGUUGUAUAUCUUACUAUACUUAAAAUAUUUGGUAAAAAUGUAUUUUACUUAUAUCUCUUAUACAGUAUGUCUACUUAAGUUCGCUACAUAUAGUUUUUAUUAUUAAUGAAAAAAAUGUAUUGUAUGAAAAAUUUUGCUUUUAAAAAAGUAUAUUAACUGUUCAAACUUGACAUAGUAUUCACUACAAAGUUAUUAAGCAUUGCUAUAAAAGGUUGAAAAAUGUGUAACCUUGUAUAUUAUGACUGAUAAAUUUUAAUGUCCAUUGUUUGCAUUUUGGUUUUUAGACAUUUGAACUUUUUAAAUACAUUUUUUGUACAACAUAAAACUAUAUGUAGCCUACUUAAGUAAUAGAGUAAUUUAAAAAGCUGAUAUUUUAUUUGCUGGUCCAAUGUGGUAUUUAUUAAAAAUCUAAUAUAUUUGUCUGUAUUUUUAUUUAUAAAGGAAAUAAUCAUGUCUAGGUAAUCUUGUAGUUUAGGCUGGUAUCAGGCUUUAGCAGCCGAGGCCUUUUUUAGAAGUUCGCUAUAAAAGGGACGACCUAGUUUACGAAAAAUACCAAAAGAUUUCACCAAAAAAGUACCUUUUUUUAGAAAUUUAACACAGAGAGGACGACUUGAGUUUUUUUAAAAGCCUCGCUAUUUUCCAUAAAUCUGCCAACCCUACUUAUAUAAGGGGCCAUUGCCCGUGUUUUUGCCAAGGGUCCCCACCAUGGCUCUUAGCAGCCCUGGCUGGUAUUAAUUCACAUGUCUGUACUGGGGUUUAGAAUUUGAUUUAUAUCUACCCCUAUGCCAGAUUACUAUUCUUGUUCUGCCAUUUGUUUUUUUUUUUUUUUUUUUAAUUUUGAGGUCAUGGAAAAUCUGAAUUUCUCAAAAAAAUCUAAAAUUUAAUUUUAAUUCUAAAAAAUUUCCUUUCCCUUAAAAUGUAUAUUUGACAUCUCUGAUAACUCAAAUUUUCUAUAUUCAAAAAAUUAGUAUUUAACCCUGGCAACUAUGUAACGAUUCCGAUUGUCAGAGCAGCAAUGGUGCAGACAUUUGUAUUAUUACCCACAUAAACUACAAGAUUACCCAUUUCUAGAAUAACAAAUAUAACUUUUAAAAACAUUCAAAAAAUAAAUAUUUUCUCAUUUUUACAGAAUUCUGCAUAUUUUUAGUCUUUUCACAAACCCUGAAUGAGGAUUCUCUUGUAUUUACAAAAGUAUCUUAAUGUUUCUCUUAGACGUUUUUUGGCAAUCUCACAAGCACGUCCCUUUUUCUUUGCAGCAACUUUGCCUUAGUUUCCUGAACAGAUUCACAUUCAGGUGCAUAACAAACGUGUAAUAUUCCUCCAUAAAAUGAUCUCGUAUCCAAUAGUCUUUUCGCAACCCUGGCCGAUUGAAUCCUUUGGUAUUGAACAUGAUAACAUUCUGUAAACAAUUCUGUAGCCACAUCAGGUACUACAAAAAUUGAUAGAACUUGACCAUACUUAGUACAAAGCUUUCUUAAUUCGUUACGUAAGUUUAUUGAAGGUACUCCGUAAAUAUAAAGAUGUUG